CAGACAUGGCCGCCGCCAGAGACAAACUCAAUAUGGAUCAGUCUCACACACCUUCCAACACCAGAACCUCAACCAACACAACAUACAACAACGAGGAGUUCAGGAUUGUGUUGGUGGGGAAGACUGGAGUUGGGAAGAGCGCCACAGGAAACACCAUCCUGGGAGAAAAGGUCUUUGAAUCAAAGCUCUCCCCUAAUUCGUUAACCGUCUACUGUGCAAAGGCCUUUGGUGAAGUGAACGGGCAAAAGGUUUCUCUUAUUGACACUCCGGGUCUGUUUGACACCAAGUAUGAUGAGAAGAAAACCUAUGAAGAUCUGCGCCGGUGCACAUCUUAUGCUUCUCCUGGACCCCAUGUCUUCCUGGUCCUCGUCCCACUGGGCAGAUUCACAGGGGAAGAGAAGAACACGGUGCUGAAGAUCCAGGAGAUGUUUGGAGAAGGUGCAGACAGAUACAGCAUGGUUCUCUUCACCCAUGGGAAUCUGCUCCAAGGGGAACCUAUCGAGGAGUUCAUACAGCAGAGCGAAGAACUGAAGGAACUUGUGGCCAAAUACAACGGCCGCUACCACGUCUUUGAUAACGGGACGAAGGAUCAGUCGCAGGUCACAGAGCUGCUCAACAAGAUCAGGAAAAUGAUGGAGGAGAAUGGAGGAAACCAUUACACCACUGAGAUGUUCCAGAGAGCAGAGGAAGAGAUUGAAAAGGAAAAACAACGAAUCCUUAAAGAGAAAAAAGAACAAAUGCGGAAAGAGCAGGAGGAACUUGAGAAGGAAAUAAAGAAAAAGUAUGACCAACAAAUGAGGGAAGCAGAGGCUGACCUGGAGAAGCAGAGAAUGUUAGUGGAGUCUCGUGAAAGAGAAAUUAGAGAGAAAAGUGAAAAACUGAGGAAGGAGCAGGAAACUUCAGCCAGACGAAACGCUGAGAAAAGCUCUGCAUGUACGAUUCUUUAGAAAUAUCUUCUGAUGAAGCUUUGGCUUUGAGAUUCAUUAAUGACCUGUUGCGUGACAACAACAUUUACUAAAUAAGUGUUUGAUUAUACAGAAAUGAGUUGGGAGUUAGUUGGGAUUUUCAAAAUUUUCAGUGUCAUUGAAAUGUCUCUUGUGUGAAUUUAAAUAAAUAUUAGAAAGGUGCAGAUGGUCAUUUAUUGUACUCUAGCUGUGAGGCCGCAGAUGGAAACCAACAGGGUUUGAAGCACCAACCCUGCGGUUCCCGGUGCACCUUCUCUACUCCAUGUGCCACCGUUGCCCCUAUUUAAUUUAACUGGAUCACCUGUCCCUUCCGCUUGCCAAGGUGUAAAAAUAAUAACAUGUUAAUAAAAUAAUGUAUCGUCACAUUUUGGUGUUGUUUUUUGCAGGUUCAAGUUUUUGGAUGUGUUGCUAUGGUGAUUUAGCCAAACCUGCUUCGAGAAACCAAAAAGCCUGAUUCAUUUUAUUUUGUUCAGCCCAAAAUUACAAAUUAGCCUCAGAGGGCUUUACAGUCUGUACACAUAGAACAUCCUGUGUCCUGAAACCUUCACAUCGGCUCAGGAGAAACUCCCCAGAAAAUAAAAACCCUUCCUUGGGGAAAAAAGGGAAUAAACCUUGGGGAGAACGUCAGAGGAGGAUCCCUCUACCAGGAUGGACAGACUGCAAUGGAUGUCAUGUGUACAGAAUGAACAAUGUAAAAGAUGUACAAUACAUACAUAUCACAAAUUAUAGACAUUGGUGUUGUAGAAGGUGCUUCCAGGUUCUUCACAUUGUUUUUGAUGCUCUACUUUGUAGUUAAUGAGGACACGGUACAAUAUAUUAAACUGCAUAACUUUACAUGAGGGGACAAAAUACAAAGGCUGAUGAAAGGUUGCUUUUUAAUGUCAAAUAUCAGUGAAUGGGUUUAUAGAAACUGCUGCUGUUUCU